AUGGUGGAACAAUCAUCAAGUUCGGUUGGUGAUAUUAAAGAAGAAGUUACAACGGAUCCAAUUUUUCAAAAAAUAAUCCAAUCAAAACAACAAACUUCAACUCAACAAAGUCAAGAUCAAGAUCACAAUCAAUCAAUCAAUCUGAAACAACAACAAGAUCAAGUGAUACAACAACAAAAGCAAUUGAACUUACAUCAGCAACAGUCACAACAGCAACAACAACAACAACAAUUACAACAGCAACAGCAACAACAGCAACAAUUACAGUAUCAACAUGAAUCAACGAUACUGCCACAAGUUGAUGAUACUCUACCAACCAACCAAUUCGGUAAUCUAACUAAAUCACAACGAAUGGAUUUAGCUUAUGAUUUUCAUCAAAAGAUUUUAAAAUUACCAAUCGAUCAAAGAUGGUCAAAUCGUAAAAUUGCUAGAUUUCAUGGUAUAAGUGAAGGAGGAUUAAGAGCUCGAUUGAAAAGAGGUAGUCGUCAACCAGCUGUUGAACAAGCAUUAGAAAUGAAUCAAGAUGAAUUGGCAUCAAUUGCAUCAUCUUCAAUUAAACAUAAACCAAUUAUGUUUCAAAAUGAUGAAAUUACAUUAGUUAAUUUAUUAAAUGAAAAAAAAUCUAAUAAUGAAUUUUUUGAUGAUCAAUAUAUAUUAGAAAUGGCAAAUUGGAUAAUUAAAUCAAGUUAUGAAAAAUUGACGAAAGAACAAGAUGAAAAUGGAAGUAAUGGAACAGGAACUACUCAAUUGAGGGAUGCAUUUCUUGCUCAAAAGAAUGAAUUGAAUAAUUUCGUAGAUAUGGCUUGGGUAUCUGCAUUUAAAAGAAGAAAUAAAGCAUUAUUCAAAAAAUCCAGAAAAAAUAGUAACUCAUCAUCAUCAACAAAUAAGAGACGGAAACCCUCCAAUGCGACAGCAACUCCCACUACUACAACAGCUCUUCCUCCUCCAACCAUCUCUUCCUCAGAGGAAGAAGUAGAAGAAGAAUUAAAUUAUGACCCAUCCCUUCCAGAACCAGAACCAAUGCCAAAAGAAGAAAUUGAAAAACUUUCUAAAACAGAACGAAUGGAAAAAGCUUAUAUAUUCAAUCAACUUCAACGUGUAUCUUUACCACCUAAAAGUCGAUGGUCAAAUCGUAAAAUUGCAAAACAUCAUGGAGUGAGUGAAUCAGGAUUACGAGGAAGAUUAAAAAGAGGCAAUGAAUCAUCUAAUGGUCAUAUUAAAAGAAGAAAAUUAAAUGUUGACGAAGAAAAUCGUAUAAAAGAUCAUAUUAAAAAUGUUAUUGAUAAACCUAUUACUUCAACAAUGAUUACAAAUAUUGCUAAUUCAAUUUUAAAAGAUAAGAAUAUUAAUGAUUCAAAUCAAUUUGUUACAAGAAGUUGGGUUAGAAAUUUUAAAAAAAGAAAUCCUGAUUUAAAUUAUCAAAGAAGUUCUCAAAAGAGUAAUGAUGAUAGUAACAAUAAUAAUAAUAAUGCAGAUGAAGAUGAAGAUGAUGGUGAAAAUGGUGGUGAAGAUGAAGCUCAAUAUAAUGGAAAUGAUGAAACUGACGAUGAAGUUGAUGAUCAUAAUAAUGAAUUUAGUGCUCAAAAUUCUAAUAAUAAUAAUAGUAAUAAUGCUGAUGUUAAAAUUGAAGUUGGAAAAUAA